GCAAUGCUGGGACGAGGGAAUGGAGAGUCCUCAAGAAAGAAAGAGGAAGAGGAAGUUCAGAGCAGGCACAGACUGAUUCCUGUUGGAAGAAAGAUUUAUGAGUUCUACAAUGCUCCCAUCGUUAAGUUUUGGUUUUACACACUGGCAUAUAUAGGCUACUUGAUGCUGUUCAAUUAUAUAGUGUUAGUGAAGAUGGAUCGCUGGCCAUCUACACAGGAAUGGAUUGUCAUCUCGUACAUUUUCACUCUGGGAAUAGAGAAGAUGAGAGAGAUAUUGAUGUCAGAACCCGGGAAACUGUUACAGAAAGUAAAAGUUUGGCUUCAGGAGUACUGGAACGUUACUGAUCUCAUAGCUAUCCUCCUGUUCUCCGUUGGGAUGGUGCUCCGUCUGCAGGAUCUGCCACUCAGGAGUGAUGGCCGAGUGAUAUACUGUGUUAACAUCAUUUACUGGUAUAUACGGUUAUUAGACAUCUUCGGAGUAAACAAGUAUUUGGGACCAUAUGUCAUGAUGAUUGGAAAAAUGAUGAUAGACAUGAUGUACUUUGUCAUCAUCAUGUUGGUGGUUCUGAUGAGCUUUGGUGUCGCAAGACAGGCUAUUCUCUUCCCCAAUGAGGAGCCUUCUUGGAAGCUGGCGAAAAACAUUUUUUACAUGCCUUAUUGGAUGAUCUAUGGGGAAGUGUUUGCAGACCAGAUAGACCGUAAGCAAGUUUAUGAUUCUCAUACUCCAAAGUCAGCUCCUUGUGGUCAAAAUGAAACCAGAGAAGAUGGCAAAAUAAUCCAGCUACCUCCCUGCAAGACAGGAGCAUGGAUCGUUCCUGCCAUCAUGGCCUGUUACCUCUUGGUUGCAAACAUCCUUUUGGUGAACCUCCUCAUUGCUGUUUUCAACAAUACAUUUUUUGAAGUCAAAUCCAUAUCCAACCAAGUAUGGAAGUUUCAAAGAUAUCAGCUAAUCAUGACAUUUCAUGAAAGACCUGUUCUCCCACCACCUCUGAUCAUCUUCAGCCAUAUGACUAUGAUAUUCCAACACCUCUGCUGCAGAUGGCGGAAGCAUGAAAGCGACCCAGAUGAGAGAGACUAUGGAUUAAAACUUUUCAUAACUGAGGAUGAAUUGAAAAAAGUCCAUGAUUUUGAAGAGCAGUGCAUAGAAGAGUAUUUUAGAGAAAAGGAUGACAGAUUCAAUUCCUCCAAUGAUGAAAGAAUCCGCGUCACUUCAGAAAGGGUAGAGAACAUGGCCAUGAGACUGGAAGAAGUAAAUGAGCGAGAGCACUGCAUGAAGGCCUCUCUGCAGACUGUUGACAUCAGGCUUGCCCAGCUGGAAGAUAUGAUGGGACGAAUGGUGACCGCUUUAGAAAAACUGACUGGCAUAGAGAGAGGUGAGACGACCAAGAUACGAUCCAGGACCUCAUCCGACUGUACUGAUGCAGCCUACAUUGUGAGGCAGAGUAGCUUCAAUAGUCAGGAAGGAAAUACUUACAAGCUUCAAGAAAGCAUAGAUCCCACGGGAGAGGAGUCCAUGUCCCCAACGUCUCCUACGAUCACGCCCCGCAUGCGAAGCCACUCUUUCUAUGCAACAAAUAUGAAGGAGAAGUGUGGGCUGGAAAAGUUUGAAAGCAUUUUUCAGGAAAGAUCUCCAAGCUUGCAUCGGGCUAUCAGUUCCCACUCGAUAGCAAAGGAAGGAAAAGUUCCCUUAGCCCCCGCCAGCACUUUGUCGAUUGCCCCAGACUCCAGAAGGCCUUCGUCUUGUAUAGACAUCUACGUUUCUGCCAUGGAUGAGAUGCAUUCUGACACAGAGCCUCUCGACAGCUCCGUAAAUAUUCUCGGUACCGGAGAUGCAGCUCUGCAGGCUCACAUAGCCUCUUCUAUUUUAGCUAACAGCGCGUACAUUAGCACUACACCUGGAGAAAAAAUUUCUGGCAGGAGUCUUGAUUACGAGGAAACCUCUGGAAUAGAAACAAGAGCAUUUUCUUCAGACUACUCGCAAAUCACAGAUUGUCAAAUCCCCUGGGAUUCAGACCCUCCCUUGUAUCACACUUUAGAGCGAUCUAAAAGCAGUCGUUAUCUGGCUACAACUCCAUUUAUUCUGGAGGAAACGCCAAUUGUGAAAUCUCACAGUUUUAUGUUCUCUCCAUCCCGAAGCUACUUCAGCAGCCUUGGUGUCCCAGUCAAAACAGCAGAGUACACAAGCAUUACGGACUGCAUAGACACGAGGUGUGUGAGCGCUCCCCAGGCCAUCGCAGAGAGGGCCAGUUUCCCUGGAAGUCUCGGGGGCAAAAUGGAGGACUUGGGAUGCUGCCACCCAGAGAGAGAAGCUGAACUAAGCCACCCGAGCUCUGAUCAUGAGGAUAUUGAGGCCAAAGACAAGAAGGGCAUCCCCUUAUCUCCUCAAGACGGCAAUGCUACAAGAACUCUGGCCAACAGCAUCCCACUUCCAAAAAUAGAGCGGGCCAACAGCUACUCUGCAGAGGAGUCCAACAUGUUGUAUGCACAGCACACGCGGAAGAGCUACUCUAUCAGCGACAAACUUGACAGACAGCGAAACGCAACAGGCCUGCGAAAUCCCUUCCAGAGGAGUAAGUCCUCGAGGCCAGAGAGCAGAGGGGACAACCUGUCCAUGAGGAGACUGUCAAGAACGGGAGCCUUCCGCAGCUUUGAAAGCAAACAUAGCUAG